ACAAACUGCUACACGCGCACAAAGUGUUUUGGAUAGCCAGCAGCAAUGUGCAGUCUGUGUAUCAGUAGGGUUGCAUACACAGGGCUCCAUGAUUUCAUCAGCAGUUUUACAAGAACCUGCCAAAAGCUGUUAUGCCUCAGUGCAAUGUGUAGCCUUUUCCUGCCAUUUUUUCAUAAUAAAAGAGGGAGUGAAGCUUUUUUCCCUCUUCUCUCUCUCUCUCUUAAAAAAAAAAAAAGCCAAAUGGAUCAGAGAAGAAGAAAAAGGAAAAAAAAAAAAAAAGCAAUAGCCAAAGGGGAUGCCAGUGAGGUGUGGCUUGCAUUUAAAUAUCCAAUAUGUCAAUGUAAGGGGAGUGUGUAUGUAUAUAAAGUGCAGUUUGCAUCUGAUAGCUGGACAUAUCCAGCUAUGAAAGGCAAGAGGAGAUCAAUGCAAAGGAAAAACAAUACUUUUAUUCAAAGCAAGGUCAGGCGUUCAAAUCAGACACUGUGAGAGGGUAGGGAAGUUACUUGAAGGCAGCCAAGCUCACAGCUGGUUAGUUAUAUAUAAUACACACACACAUUUUUAAAAAGAGACCAGCAAUUUUUUAUUGUUUGCACAGACAUUCACUAUUCUCACUCUCUCACACAUACACACACGCUCUCUCUGCUAUUGCGAUGGCUGAGAUAGGGGGCUUUCUUGGAUCUCUGGAUUUGGAUUUGCAUGGAUUUUCCUCCUCUCUUGGGAAUGUUGCUUUAGCUGAUUCUCCUGGUUUUUUGAAUGAGAGAUUGGGACAGAUUGAAGGAAGGCUCCAGAGGGGAUCUCCCACUGACUUUGCCCACCUUAAAGGUAUCCUCAGGCGGAGGCAGCUUUACUGCAGGACGGGCUUCCAUCUGGAAAUCUUCCCCAAUGGCACGGUGCAUGGCACCAGGCAGGACCACAGCAGAUUCGGGAUUUUGGAGUUCAUUAGCCUGGCGGUGGGGCUGGUUAGUAUCCGUGGGGUGGAUUCAGGACUCUACCUCGGAAUGAAUGAGAGAGGAGAGCUGUAUGGGUCGAAGAAACUUACGAGGGAGUGCGUUUUCCGAGAGCAGUUUGAAGAAAACUGGUACAACACCUAUGCCUCAACCCUCUACAAACAUUCCGACUCUGAGAGACAGUAUUAUGUGGCUUUGAACAAGGACGGCUCACCGCGUGAAGGAUACAGGACUAAGAGACACCAGAAGUUCACUCAUUUUUUACCCAGACCCGUGGACCCUGCUAAAAUACCUGCAAUGUACAGAGACCUUUUCCACUAUAGGAAAAAAAAAGACCACAGAACUGAUACAGAUGCUGCUGGUAAGCUUGGAAUGGUUACGUUUUAAGAAGAUGCCCUUCAAAUGGUACCCUGCUGAAGUGGCCCUGGAAUUUGCAACAUGGAUUAUUAUGGACUGGUCUUGAUGUGUGUUUUUUUUCCUGCUGU